AAUAUGUAUUUUGAGUGACUAUGGUUCAGUAUGUAGGAAAUCGAAAACAGAAGGUGUUUGGAGUAGCCAAUAAUGUAAAUGAUAAAUUGAGUAGAUAGAGUGCGAUUUAUAGAAUUGAUGUUUUGUCGAUUAUGCUUUGAAGUGGCAUGUGGUGAAGUGUGUUCUAGAAAUGCCAGUAGGUGGUACAGAGGAUCAAAGCAGCUCCACAUUGUCAAACCCCAACGGUGCUACCAACUUAGCAGAGCCAGAGAUAAAACAGGAAAAUGGAUACAAUGGUGAAAGCCUGGACUGUUGCUUUCCAAGCACCAGUGGUGCUGAAAAGCCAUCAUCUUCCUUUACUGAAGUGGCGGUGGAGGUGUCCAAAAAGGCACAGUCCUCAUUGCAGAUUGACAGGCAGCAGAUUCAGGCAGUGGAGAGAAGUGCCCAAGCUGCAGAGCUGCAAGGGCUGGGAGUUGACGUGUAUGACCAGGACGUGUUGGAACAAGGGGUGCUCCAGCAGGUGGACAGAGCAAUAAGUGAAGCAAACCAGGCUGCCAAAAGAGCAGAAGCUGAAAAGGAGUAUGAAGAGCUAUUAGAUGAAUUGAGGUCAUGUUCUGCCUCUUUAAAACAUGUCAAUAAGAUUAUCGAACAGCUUGCUCCUCAUGCUGCCACCAGCAAAGAUAUCCAUCGAAAAAUUGAGUCUGUGAAACGACAGAAAGAAAACAAGGAGAAGCAGCUUAAAAAGGUAAAAGCCAAACAAAAGCGUCUCCGAGCAGUCCUCGGCGGUGAAGAUAUUGAGAAGAUUGAGGCUGAAUUACAAGAUGAGGAGGAUGAAGAGCCGGGACCCUCCUGUCUUGGCAGUAUGCUAAUUCCAGCACAGGAAACAGAAUGGGAGGAACUCAUUCGGACUGGCCAGAUGACCCCUUUUGGCACAAAGAUUCCCCAAAAGCAGGAGAAGAAGGAGCCCCGAAAGAUCAUGCUUAAUGAUGUCUCUGGCUUUGAGAAGUACCUGGCAGAUCAGGCCAAGAUAGCGGUGGAAAGAAAAAAGCCACAUGUCGGCAAGAUGGCAAAGAAAAUGACUGGGACCAAAGCUGACCACAAAAAGAGGACCUCACAAGAGAAAAGCAAAGAAAAUAGAAAGAUGUCAAGCAAAGAUAAACAGCUGAAGAAGCGGGUGCAGAGGAUACAGAAUAACGCGCUGAAAAUGAAAUUUAAAGCAGGAGAUAAGGAAGAGAAGCAUUUGCACACCCCAAAAAGCAAGUUCAAGGGAGACCACGGAUCUGAGAGUGAUGAGUCAGAGUAUGUGCCAAGUGAUGAGUUGUUUGACCCAGACGAACCAGAGAAAGAGGAUGAGUUCUAUAUUGAUGAUGAUGAAGAAUAUGAACUGAAACCAUAUGCAUUGAAGAAGCAACUUACUGUAAGGAAACCAAAAGAAGAAAAUGAUUCUGAUUAUUUUCCUAGCAGUUCAGACGAUGAAGACCCCAAGAAAAAGAGUCACGUGAAAAGAUGUACAGAUGAUGGGAAUAUUGAGUUGUAUAAGCAAAGAAUAAGGAGGUGGAAGCGGCAGAGACUCAGAGAGAAAGAGGAGCGUCGCGUGGCAGGUGAAGAAGACUCUGAAGACAGUGAUGCAGAGUUUGAUGAAGGCUUCAAAGUGCCAGGAUUCCUCUGGAAAAAGCUCUUUAAGUACCAACAGACAGGUGUCAGGUGGCUGUGGGAAUUGCACUGCCAGCAGGCAGGAGGAAUUCUGGGAGAUGAGAUGGGAUUGGGCAAGACCAUCGAGAUAAUUGCCUUCCUGGCAGGCCUGAGCUACAGUAAGAUCAGGACGCGUGGAUCGAAUUACAGAUAUGCUGGAUUGGGUCCUACUGUGAUUGUCUGUCCAGCCACAGUGAUGCACCAAUGGGUUAGAGAGUUUCAUACAUGGUGGCCUCCAUUUAGAGUGGCUGUCCUCCAUGAUACUGGCUCUUUCACUAGUAAAAAGGACAAACUUAUCCCUGAAAUUGUGGCCUGCCACGGGAUUAUCAUCACCUCCUAUUCCUACAUUCGAAUUAUGCAAGAUUACAUUCAAAAAUACGACUGGCACUAUGUCAUUCUAGAUGAGGGGCACAAAAUUCGUAACCCAUAUGCAGGCGUAACAGUUGCAUGUAAACAGUUCCGCACACCACAUCGUUUCAUUCUGUCUGGUUCGCCUAUGCAGAAUAACUUGAAAGAACUCUGGUCCCUGUUUGACUUUGUUUUUCCAGGAAAGUUAGGAACACUUCCUAUCUUUAUGGAACAGUUUUCAGUCCCUAUUACUAUGGGAGGAUAUUCAAAUGCAUCGCCAGUUCAGGUGCAGACUGCAUAUAAAUGUGCUUGUGUUCUACGAGAUACCAUAAACCCAUAUCUUCUUCGGAGAAUGAAGGCAGAUGUUAAAACAAAUCUCUCCUUGCCAGACAAAAAUGAACAGGUGCUCUUUUGUCGGUUAACAGAUGCCCAGCGCCAAGUCUACCAAAACUUCAUUGAUUCCAGUGAAGUUUAUAAGAUCCUGAAUGGGGACAUGCAGAUUUUCUCUGGCCUGAUCGCCUUGAGGAAGAUCUGUAAUCACCCUGACCUAUUUUCUGGUGGUCCUAAAAUCUUGAAAGGAAUACCCGAAGAUCAGUUAACAGAGGAAGAGCAUUUUGGGUUCUGGAAGCGGUCUGGAAAGCAGAUAGUGGUGGAGACUCUGCUUCGCCUUUGGCACAAGCAGGGCCAUCGAGUGUUGCUCUUUUCACAGUCAAGACAGAUGCUGGACAUCCUGGAGGUAUUUGUCAGAGAAAACGGCUACUCUUACCGCAAAAUGGAUGGGACCACAACAAUAGCUUCAAGGCAGCCUCUCAUAAGACAGUACAAUGAGGAUACCUCCAUAUUCGUGUUUCUUCUUACCACCAAAGUGGGUGGCAUAGGCGUUAACCUGACUGGAGCUAACAGGGUUAUUAUUUAUGAUCCUGACUGGAACCCUAGUACAGACAUCCAGGCUCGUGAGCGAGCUUGGAGGAUAGGCCAGAAGAAGCAAGUGACUAUUUACAGGCUUCUGACAGCUGGGACUAUUGAAGAGAAGAUCUACCACAGACAAAUCUUUAAGCAGUUCCUCACAAACCGAGUGCUUAAGGACCCAAAGCAACGGCGUUUUUUCAAGUCCAAUGACAUUUAUGAGCUUUUCACACUGAGCAGUCCUGAUGGCUCCCAGGGAACUGAAACUAGUGCCAUCUUUGAAGGCACUGGUUCAAUGGUUGAGGUACCAAAGAGGCUUCAAAAAGCUAAGAAGACUAAGCCUUCAACACCAAGCAGAAACUUGCUUAAGCAAAGUACACACACAAGUCAACAUGCAAUCAGAGAAAAUCUGGAAGUGUCUUUGUCUGACAAAGCUGAAAAUGUUGGUGCUAAUGGUUCUAAAGUGACUGUGACCGAACAUGAAAAUAUGACCAUUGCUAAUGAAAAUGGCAGCUACAACGACAGUUUUAAUGGGGAAACCAAUACUUCAGUUAUUGAACAGGCUUCGGCUUCUAGUGAUAAUUGUGGACAGGCUGCUGAUGUGCCAUCAAACAAUGUACAGGACACAAUAAAACUGCACAGUGACCCAGAUAAAAUCAGUCCUCAGAAACAGAAAGAGAAAAAGAAGCACUGUGAAACUGAAGGAAGAAAACAGCUUUCAGAGGCAGCAGCGCACAAGCACAGAAAAUAUAAGCGUUCAGAAGAUGCCAGGUUUGAAGGGCAUCGCAUACCACAUUUGGUUAAAAAAAGGAGGCACAACAAAGAAGAUCAUACUGAAGCUAAUGAAGAUCGGAAAAAGAGUGAUGAUUAUGUCUUGGAAAAACUUUUCAGAAAGUCAGGUAUACACAGUGUGAUAAAGCAUGAUUCCAUCAUGGAGGCCUCUAACCCAGACUAUGUGUUAGUGGAAGCAGAAGCUAAUAGAGUGGCCAAAGAAGCUUUGAAGGCACUGAAGGCCUCACGGCAGCGUUGCCUGGGAGCGUCUUCUGGCGUGCCAACGUGGACUGGCAGCAACAGCCUACCGGGAACACCAGCUGGUGGAAAAAAAAGGUUUGGUCAAAAGAAAAACCCUUUGUUGGCUGUCCCAACUUCAGUUACCACAACCACUCCAGAGAAAUGCAAGGAUGCUUACGUCUUGAAGAAAUCUGGAGCGAAGAAAAAUUCUUCUGGUGGUCACUUUAGUGGGGAGGGAAUAGAGGAAGAAUCCAGUUCCACUGCCCUAUCUUCAUCUGCACUACUGGCAAAAAUGAGAGCCAGGAACCACAUGACCCUGUCCCAGACCAUUGAAGACGAGGAGGAUCAGAAUAUGCAGCAAGCAUCUUCAGCACUACUGACCCCAACUGAACAUGAUGAACUGCUGGUGGAUUUGAGGAACUUUAUUGCAUUCCAGUCUGAGGUGGAUGGACAAGCUACAACUCGGGAGAUACUGCAAGAGUUCAGUCCAAAGCUGACUGCCUCCCAGACAGCAGUUUUCCGAGAAUUGUUAAGAAACUUAUGUAACUUCCAUAGAAAUCCUGGUAAAGAGGGUGUUUGGAAACUUAAACCAGAAUUCAGGUGACUUUUCUAUGCUGCUUUGUUGUUUGUUGUUGUUUUUUUUUAAUUUUUUUAUUAUUACAAAUGUUUUACUGGCAAAUACUUGAAACUGAGGCUGCAUUCACACUGGGUCCGUUUCAAACGGACUCGGUCUGGUUCGUUUCAAUUGAAACAAUGUAUCAAUGUGCUUGCUGUCCACACUUAUCUGGGAGCAAAGGGACCGAGUUCGUUUGGAUGCUAGAUAAAGUUCAUUUUUUUUGGUCCCCUUCCAUUUUUUUCAGAACUGGGUUCAUUUGUGUUCACAAUGCAGUUUUCAAGUGCACUCGGCUCGUUUAUAUGGUGUGUGAACUGGACGUUUACAAUAUCCUGCAAGGCAUAUUGAAAGAUGACAGCUCUGGGGGAGCAUUUUGCUAAUUUAAUGAAUACAUUUGAAUGAUGUACAGUAGGAGAAUGCAGUUUAUGUAAUUCUGCACGGUUCUCCUAAUGUCGAUAUUGAACAGAGCUUCAAUUUCUCGUGCUGUCCAUGUAGUUUAGGAUUACCAGAUUUCCACAGUGAAAAACUGGGAAUUUUUUUUCUCUUUAAUUUACUGACGAUGUAGCAACUCCUGAAGCCAAAAAUAACAGUAUAUAAAAUAACACAAUAAUAGUUUAAAAAUUGGGUAAAUUUAUUGCAGUUCAUAACAACUCAUUAUUUUCUUUAUAUUGCCAUCUAGUCAAAACAUGUGAAAUGUACAAAAAGCCAGAUUUAAAAAAUAGAUCAGCUAUUAUCAUUUAAACAUAUGGUAUACACAUAAUCAGAAUGGUUAAACAAAUAAUCCAUAGGAUUGUUUUUUUUAUUUUUUUUAAUGGCUCUAACACACAACCUAAUGCAUUACUUUAUUAAUUGCUGAGCAUGCUGUUUACAAAUAAUAAUAAUAAUAAUAAUAAUAAUAAUAAUAAUAAUAAUAAUAAUACAAAAGCAAAACCGGGACGUUUAACAAGUUUAAUGUUUCUGACCAGGAGAACAAAUUACGGCUGAAAACUGUGACAAUUACAAUUUUCCCAGGAUGUCUGGUAAUCCUAAUACAGCUCCCCCGAGGCGUUGUUUGUUUACUUCCGAGUCAGGUUACCGUAUAUAUUUCCGAUGUGCAAAAGGAAGAGUCCAGCUGUUGCUCACGUUGACAUUUAACAAGCGAACCAGACUCUUUGCAUUUGCCAAACGGACAGAGACCACCUCUUUGAACCGUUCCGAACCGUACAGAGUGCGGACUAAACCCUGUAAAUGGACCCAGUAUGAACACAGCCUGAGUUCUCUGAAUUCUUUAAAAGAGAUGCAAAUCUUAGUGCCUACCUCGGUAAGAAACAUUAUUGGUGUUUUGUACAGCAUACUGUUCGUACCCAUCUUUAUUAAUCGAUUUUAUAAACUAGAUUCAACUGGAAUGGUUGCAUCUUUUCUAUGCCUUUUGAAAAGUUACAUUAAAUAAACCUAAUUCUUAUUGGUUAAAAUAAUGAAAA